AGUGGAUUCUGCCACCAGGGCUCCAGACACAGAAAUAAACACCUGGUACCUGGAUGAUGGAACGCUGGCUGGCCCACCAUCUGACGUCAUCUCCAGUAUCAAACAAGUGAAGGCAGAAAUGAGCGAAGUGGGGCUCGCCAUAAACGCAGGAAAGUGUGAAGUCACCUUCCUGGGAGGCUUCACCGACGAUACCAAGCUCAGCGCCCUGCACAUGCUGCAAAGUGUUCUUCCCGACAUCCGGGAAGUCCCCGUGGAUGAGUUAGAGCUGCUUGGUGCGCCUGUACAUGACGCUCAAACAAGACGUGCGCUUCUACAAGGCCAGCUCCUGGUAGAGAAGCUUAUCAAGCGCCUUCAGGCUCUGGACGAGGCACAUCAGGCGUUCUUCCUACUGAAGAACUACGUGUCCCUUCCUCGCCUGUUGUACCUUCUUCGAAGCUCUCCAGCCUACCGCCACCCCGCCCUGCUCAACAGGAUUGACGAAGCAGUUCGCCGUGGCAUGGAAGUGAUCACAAACGUCCAACUGCGUGACAUUUCAUGGCGACAAGCGACAUUGCCAAUCAGCCUCGGUGGGCUAGGCGUAAGGAGAGUAACAGACGUUGCCCUUCCUGCUCACCUCGCAUCUCAAGUAGCAUCCGCUGACACGAUCGCAUCCAUUAACGGCUCCGCCGCUAAUCGCGUCAGUGAGCUAACGAGGUGCUUGAUCUCAGAGUGGGAGCGUCGCACAGGCUUGCCUCCACCGGAAGCGCACAGGCGGCGCUACCAAAGAGAAUGGGAUCGAGCUGAGACAGCAAGAAUCAGUGAACGGCUGCUGGAAGACAGCAAAACCGAUGUUGACCGAGCCCGACUCCGAGCUGCCGCACAACCACACUCUGGUGCCUGGCUGAACGCCUUCCCAGCCGCCAGCGUGGGCACGCUGCUCGACCCUGACACCCUGCGGACGGCCGUCGCCCUGCGGGUGGGAGCAGAUAUAUGUGCUCCUCACCGCUGCCGCUGUGGAGCCGACAUUGACGAGCGAGGCCUGCACUGCCUGUGCUGCCAGAUGAGUGCUGGCCGGUUCCCACGCCAUGCGGAACUCAACAGCGUCAUCAAGCGUGGACUAUCAACCGCUGGAAUGACGUCUGUUCUCGAGCCGGCCGGCUUAGACCGCGGAGACGGACGUCGCCCUGACGGCAUGACGACCUUCCCCUAUGCAGAAGGGAAGUGCCUCGUCUGGGACGCUACCUGCGUCGACACGUUCAGCGCUUCGUCAGUCAAGGCAUCCGCGGCCCGUGCGAGCUCAGCUGCAACCGUCGCCGAGAGGCGUAAGCGCCAUCGCUAUGCCGACAUAAGUCGACGCUAUCUGUUCCGCCCUGUCGCCGUAGAGACAUCCGGAGCGCUCGGCCCGGACAGUUACUCCUUCUUGAAGGAGCUCGGCCGCCGUAUUGUGAAGACCACAGGAGACCGACGGGACUUUGAACGCCUCAUGCAGCGCGUGUCUGUGGCGGUGGUGCGCGGCAACGCCACAGCCGUUCGACUUGCGAGCGUCAAUGUAAGGCCGAGUCACAGAGCCAACAUUGAGCCAAAAUCACUUCCAUGGCCACCCACAAACUCAACUGGCACCGAAGCAAAGCUCCCACCGGAGCUACCAACCACCACGUCUCCUACGACCAGACCAGCAGAACAGGAGAUACUGGAUCCAUUGAACAUGGGACUUCCCAACAAUGGUAUAAGCAUGUGCCAGCACGUGGGCAAGAGCGUCAGUCUGGCUGACAUUAAGCGGCAGCUGAAGUCGAACCGGCGGAUCGGCGCCUGCGACAAGAAGGGGCCGACCCCGUGCACGGCACCCGCGGAUGGGGAGGAGCGGUCGGUGCCGUCGGGCGCGCAGCUGCCGCACGGCGUCUGGCUGUGUAUGCAGUGCGGCCACCAGGGUUGCGCGAGGCACGCCACGCAGCACUUUAACACGCCGCGCUCCGACUCGCACACGCUGGCCGUCAAUGCCGCCGCCGACUGGGGCGUUUGGUGUUUCACAUGUAACGAGAAAGUGUCACUGAAGAGUAAUAAGAAACUUCACGAAGCUGUGCAGUUUGUCAAGAAAAAGCAGGGAACUCUACGUCCCGGGGCCACGCCAUCCAAGGAGGACACUCCGCCUCCCAAGUCUUCCAAGGGCGCCUCCGCUAAGGAGAAACAGGCUCAAGCGGACUGUGAUAACGAGUCACUUCCGAAGGUCAAGGGUCUGAUCAACCUGGGCAACUCGUGUUACCUGAACUCGGUGCUGCAGUGUCUGAGCCAGUGCCACUACCUGACGCACUACCUAGACAUCAGCAGCCGCCCAGGACGAAAGGUCACAGUCAGCGCUGACGGCGAGACCAUGGAGCUGGUGCUGCCGGAGGGCGGGCCCAUCACCGCCUCGCUGUGCGACUUUCUCAAGAAGAUGCACAUCACGGGCACCGGCUCCACCGUCUCCCCCAGUCAUCUGCUCAGAAAGAUCGCCCUGAAGGUGCCCCAGUUUGUGGGCUGCGACCAGCAGGACGCACACGAGCUGCUGCGAGCGCUCAUGGAGCAGGCGCGGCUUGAGGAUCUCCGGCGGCACCAGAAGCAGAUCCUGCUCGGCCUGGGGCUGCCGGCCAAGGCCGACCCCAAGGAAGUACCCGACGACAUGAAGGCGCGUGCCAAGGCGCUGGGCCACCAGGUAUCGCAUACGACCAUCGACUCCAUCUUCAGCGGCCAGCUGGUCAGCCUGGUGGUGUGUCAGGCCUGCAUGGCCUGCACACACCGCAUGGAGCCCUUCCUCGACCUCUCGCUGCCCGCCGCCGAAGAUAUCAUCUUCAGCCUGCUGUCGGAGCUCGACCCGCCGCCGGCCUCGGUCAGUGGGGAUUCGACGGAAGACGAGCUGAACGAAUCGCCGGCCUCAGUCAGUCCGGACCCGCCGGCUGACGAGCCGCCCGCCUCGGUCAGCCCCGACCCGCCGGCUGACGAGCCGCCUGCCUCGGUCAGCCCCGACCCGCCGGCCGACCUGGCCGCGGAGGAGCUCUCGGAGCGGCUCAGCGCGCUGAUUGUGGACAGCGCCGGCGCCGCGGCCGCUGCGGACUCGUGUGGGGACGAGCCGGGCCCGCUGACGGUGAACGGCCGGCCGUCGUCACCGGUGGAGGCGGACGCGGCGCCGGCCGGGCUGGUGCCACUGGUCGGGGAGAGUGCUGACAAAGCCCCGAACGGUGCGCCGGAGACGGCGGGAGCGGACCAGGUGGGGGAGAAGCAGAGCUCUGUGCCGGCGGAGAACUGCGGAGAGGCUGUGGAGGCGCGUGAGAACAGUCUGGGCGCUCCGAACGGUCACUGCGGAAGGGCAGCCGAGGAGGCCCCGCGGGAGGGCCAGUCGCCGUCACCCGGUGAGGUGCCGGGCGGUGUGCCGACGGAGGCAGUGGCGAACGGCCAGAGCUCAACGGCAGGGGUGGCGGACGGCGGCGAACUCCAGUCUGCGCCGAACGGCGGGACCUGCGCGCCAACCGAGUCUGCCCCGGCCGAAGGGACGGGGACCCCCUCACCGGCGGCCGAUCCCUCGGACGGCCCGCCGCCGCCGCUGAGCCGCUGUGAGUGGCUCAGUCGAGCGCUGACCACCCUGGCGCCGCGCUACCAGGCGGCCGCUGGCGAGUGCAGCCUGCUCACCUGCCUUAACCAGUACACGGCGCCCGAGCUGCUCACCGGCAACAACAAGCUCGGUUGCGACAACUGCACCGAGCUGCGCAAUAAACGGCUCACGGCGGCUGAAAAAGCAGCUGAGAAGAAACUCGGCACAGUAUACAGCAACGCCAGCAAGCAGCUGCUCAUCUACAGUCCGCCGCCGGUGCUGACCAUCCACCUGAAGCGGUUCGAGGUGUGCAGCUUCAGCCUGCGGAAGGUGAACCGGCACGUGCAGUUCGGCGAGCGGCUCGAUCUGGCCCCCUUCUGUUCCUCCAUCAGCCAGGACCUGCCUCAGAUGCGGGCCGGCCAGCGGCGGGUGCUCUACUCGCUGUUUGGUGUCGUUGAGCACAGCGGUCGACUGACCAGCGGCCACUACACAGCCUACGUGCGCGUGCGCCGCCGUCACGACCAGCUCACCGUCAACCCUGCGCGACUCACCACACUCGUCACCGACGCGUUCGCCGUGGCGUGUGAGCGGGCGAGGCAGCGCGCCGAGCAGACCCGACCGGAGACCACGGACGGACCGUCCCCGGUCAGGCCCGCAGAGGAGGGCCGGGAAGACGGGGAGGGCGAGGACCCCGCCGCCGCGCCACAGGAGUCACAGACGGAUCAAAAACAGCCCGCCCCGGAGCCCGAGACGGAGCCGGAGCCGCAGCCGGAGGCCGGGCGGUGGUUUUACGUGAGUGACACGCACGUCACAGAGGUGACUCUGGACAAGGUGCUCAAGGCGCAAGCUUACAUGCUGUUCUACGAGCGAAUUGUGUAAGCGACUGCGGUAGCUUGGGAUGGUGCUCUGUGCACGGGGCUGUGACGGCGCGCGAAUCGUGUCCCUCAGUCUGAGCGAGGUGUGAUUUCGGAA